AUGGAAUUCUUCUACAAGAAUGUGUUUAAAAUACAAAAGCUUAUCCGUCGGCUAGAGGGAGAACUCUACCAACCUCGAACCGCCGAAGAAGAUUAUCCACUGGAACGGGCACGCAAAAAGACAACCACCUUCUGGGUGCUGUACUUUAUCUUCUCCGACGGGUUAGUUACCAAGUGGCUAAUAAUAUCGUGCAUCUACACCAUCAUGCUCGUACCGGCGUGGCCUGUAGUGGAUCAUACCGCACCGUACGGGGUAUUUUUAAUGGUGCUCGGCUACCAAUUUGUUGCUAUGUUUUUAAACGCUUCUUUUAACAUCUCGUGGGACUCGCUGGUUGCUGCACUGCUGGCCCUAACGAACGCUCAUCUGCAUCGUUUGCAGAUACAGCUUAUGAAGGUAGGACAUCCACAACUAAGAGGUUCGAGUGAUGAUAAGAGACUCGCGACGGUGGAAACGAUUCCUGAUCAGAAGAAUUCGAAGGAUGACGUUUACAACGAACUCUUGAGAUGUAUCGUCUUUCAUCAGGAAAUUACUGGAUUCCUGCGAGACGUACUUAAGCUAUUCAGUGGACCAAUGCUGUUGCAACUCUAUUGCUCCGUGUUCAUUCUGUGUAUUACCGAGUUUCGGCUGCUUACGGAUGUGAACACAACGACAGAAACGAUCAGGGCGCUCACGUACUUGAUAUGCUUGAUCAUACAGGUCGUUCAAUAUUGUUAUUUUGGAAAUGAAGUUAACUAUAUGUCUCAAAAGGUUCAUCAAGCGACGGCGUUCAUGAACUACCCAGCGAUGGACAUUAGGACACGGAAGCUUCUGAUAGCUUUCCAACAACUGUAA